UACAUAAAAUGAGUUUACAGUGUAAUAGAAAGACGCAAUUAAGCCUGAGCAAUCAAUCGUACCGCACAAAAUGUUUUACGUCAUUUUGGCACUCGCGGUCCUCGCCUCGGCGAAUGCCCGCAGCACACGCAGAACCGGAUGCACCAUUAACAUAAACAGUGAUCUUCUGGAUCCUCAACCCCUGCUCCUAGUAGCCAAUGCAACCGAGCCAAUCUUCGUGGAUCCCGUCGACACUUGGGGAACACUUGAGUUUGCGGUAGGUGAAUCCGUUCGUCUAGUCUGUCCAGGUAGCAGCAACUACCUAGUGAACGUCGGUCCCAAGAAGGUAUCCGAUGCCAAUGCUGUCUGCGUUGGAGGGAAGAUCUUUAGCAUCGGCUCCACCCGGUACCAGUUCUCAUCUCUUGUCUGCCAGUCUUUGGCCUGGCACGAGUGCAGGAGGACCGGGAAAAGAUGCCUCGGCACUUACACCCAGGUUGAGAUCGGUUUCAACGUUGGCAACGGGUUCUUCAGGGUCAUAGAAGUCUGUCGCGACGAUGACACCUACACGACGCUUUACACCAAGUCCAACUUGACUAAGGGAAUCGGUGGUUAUCAACGUGGAUAUCCCAGACCUAACUGGCUGAGUGGCAGCUUCUAUUCCAGAUACAAUAUGAAUGCUCAGUACAGACGUGCGACUCAGAUCGCCACCGUCAGCACCGUGGUCAACUCGACCAUCCUGGGUGCUUCCUACGUCCACACCAACACUGAUUAUUACUUCUCACGUGGACACAUGGUGGCCAAGGCUGACUUCGUUUACGGAUCUGCUAUGAGGGCUACCUUCUGGUACGUAAACUCAGCCCCACAGUGGCAAACAUUCAACGGCGGCAACUGGAACAGUCUGGAAUCAGAUGUCAGGAGCUUUGCCAGCUCAAGGCAAUUGGACCUCACGAUCUACACUGGAGUCCACGGUAUAAGCUCGUUAGCCGAUAUCAAUGGCGUCGAGCAGCCUAUGUAUUUCUACGCAAGAGGCAAUGCUAGAGGAUUGCCCGUACCUAAAUUCUACUGGAAAGUCAUCUACGAUCCGAUCAGCAAGAAAGCUUCUGCCUUCGUCGGCGUGAAUGAUCCUCACGUCAGUAAACUCACUGACGACUACUUCAUCUGCACUGACAUCAGCAGCAAAUUCAAUUGGCUCACUUGGGUGGCUGAUAGCAUAGAGUUAGGCAUUUCUUAUGCCUGCACCUACGACGAUCUUCGCGCUGCAAUUCCUACCGUCCCUAAAAUCAAAGUCAACGGCAUCCUUGUUUGAGGUAUCAGAGGGAAGAUCUGGACCUUUCUAGCCAUUCUUCAUCGAGAUCUUUGAAAGUGUAUUACAUCCUUACGUGGGAAUAGGCAUGAGAUCAAUAAUAAAUGGCACAACUAAUCCGUGCUUAGAUUCCAGAAUAAAAGGAGAAAAAAUCAUAAUCCUAAAUCUAAUUUACACAUGGCGGCAUAUGAAAUUCACUUGAUUCGAUUAAAAACGUAUCUCGUGUACUUGGUUGGGAUUGAUUUAUGCUCGAAAUAGCCGUUUAACGUUAAUCGGAUGAAACGUCGAAUAGGCUGCUUACAAAAACUCAAGCACAUACCAAGAGAGCAUGGAAUAAAGACGAGUAUCAAGGAUACGUGUCUAUAAGGCAACAAAGGCGUUACGUCCUCUCAUCUUUUAAUUAGAGCAACAAGGGACUCUGUAUAUUUGUGCAACAGACAAUGAAAGCUCGAGUCAUAAUAUAAGUCUCGUAGAUUGGGCAAUAAUUUAUAAAUGUACCAUUCAUACCCAUCGGACUGCAUGACGUAAGUACACGAAUAAUAAUAACAAGCUCAAGCUGAAGUAUCAAGAUAACGUAAACGUUAUCGAUCGCAACAAUGCUCGUAUGAGGUAUUUUAACAAUGAACGUUGACGCGUGUCUUUUUUUUAUCUUUACACUUUCAUAAUAUGUUUCACGUAAUAAAAGAUUAUACCCUCGGCCUGUUACAGCGUUACAAGGUAUUAUGCCACGCUGUGUACAUAUACGUAUAGUCGGAAACAUAUAUGACAUCUCAUUACACUCGAUAGUCUUCCGUGACAAUUGGCUGAAUUCCAAGGGAUACUAGAAGGCAUUGUAUAUGAAAGGGGGAGCCUGGGGAAGGAGAAUGUUUUGGGGAAUUUUUUUGUUCAAGUCACUAGAAAACUCCCUAGGAACAAACUUGAGCGAGGGAAAAUAUUUAUCAGACGUCUCAGGAAGUGCCUGUGCCAGACACGUGCGUGUAGAGUCAUUGGUAUAGUAAUAUUUAUUUUACGAAGACAUCCGUCUGCAUUGAACAUUCAAUAGAACCAAAUAUUUACGUUGGAAUGAAUGCAGAUCUAUUAUUGGUGAAAUAUAAGCAUCACCUCUUCAUUAACAGUAGUAUAUAGAAAAUGCUAUAUGCAUCGGAUGAAGAGCAUGUACAGCUUUUUAGCAGUGGAUUCAGCCAUUCCUGCGUAGUAUAAGGUCGACCUUGAAAGGCAUCGUAUUUCAUUGAUUUCUUAUACCAGAAGUCGUCUAGCUUGGAGCUCCAGUG